UGUGCCCUUCUCUGCUUGGCAUUUUCCGAGUCAGUUUGGAUUCGAAAGUCGCGCAGCGUCUAUGCCGAUAAUGUUUCGCACUUCUUCAGGUACAAUUUCUUCUAAUAGGUUUUGAUGAAUAUGGUGCCGGCACUUUAAAGACUUAAAUGGCGCGGGGGACGAAGCGACUUGGAAGUGCGCGUUGGCGUUGGUGCUGAUAAUUUAGAAUUUGUGUGACACGGGGGGUCGAGAGCUGAGAGAGAGAGAGAGAGAGAGAGAGAGAGAAAGAGGGAGAAAGAGGGAGAGAACCUUAUGCCCUCCACUCCCCCCUUUAUUUCUGUGACGACGCGCAGCCUGGGAUGUAGGGUCGCAAGUGGUGGCGUAGAUCUAGAUCUAGACUGCGUCCAAAAGUUUCAAAAGGAAGCGUGUUUUGUUGAAAGACAAUUACUUUGUUGGAAGUGUUUUGUGUGAUUCUAGUUUCAUUCUUCUCAGGAGUACACCUGCUUUUCUUACUGACGUCACGCAGACAUCGGGAUUAAAACCUAAACGAUUCAAGACUUCACACAGCACAAAUCAAGUUCAAGGUCUGUAGCUGAAGCUUCACCAGGUCCUAUUGAUCUUUGGAUAACCUCCUAACUGAAAGUUUAGUAGCUAGACACUACACCUGGCAUCUGAAAGGUAGCAGGACUAGCACGUCACUGACAGACAAAACAAAUAAUGCCACGCAGAUCUAUUGAACUUGUUCCCAGACUCUGCUAGACUGAUGGGCCUCCAAUAAUCUGGACACUUCUGGGACACUUCUCAAAACUGGACAUAGGUACAGAUUGAACCCCGACAACGAGGAUGUUGGAUAAGAAACACAACAAUAGCAUCAAUGCUCUCAUUUCUUGACAUUGUCACUACACGAGCGACUUCUUACUAUCUCCAGAUCAAGACAUCUUAGAUCUGAUGUGCCUUCUCCAGUUUGUGAAGUGAUACAAUUAAUUUGGCCCCUAAACGAAACUGAAUGUUCAUAAAACAUUUCUGGUCAAUCCAACUCUACCUUCUCUCCCAAUACACUAGCCAUCUGUGAUGGUCUUUACUCGAACGAAUGGACGUUAGGGGAAUCAUUCUGCGUGGCUACAAGAAGGGCGUGGUCAGCAGAACUCAUUCACGGUCAGUCCUUGAGCACGUGGUCAGUCUUCUUUUUUGGUCGUUCGCUCAAGGCAGGUCAAGCAGGAUGAAGUACACCAACUGAAUGUCCGUUUCAUCUCAGCUCUCUGUUCCACGUCAGCUUUUGUUCAAUCAAAGACUUUAUACCUAGUACAUUUAUUUAAAUUUAUUUUUUAAUAAAAAACAAAUCUUUGCUUUCUUUGUGACUCAUUGAUAGUCAUGGAUUCCAACGGUCUCGCUGACGCCAGACUCAUCACCCCGGCGUCAGACGGAGUCAAUACCACGGUGUAUCCCACUAACACGACACCCACUUACCCCACCGGGUCGACCAACGACUUCGAGUGGUACGUCAGCAUAAUAGUGCCGACCAUCUUUGGCCUGAUCUGCGUUCUGGGUCUUUUCGGCAACUCUCUGGUCAUCCUGGUGGUCCUGUGCGACAAGCACAUGAGAAACACCACCAACAUUCUGAUACUGUCCCUAGCUGUUGCAGAUCUUCUCUUCAUCCUCUUCUGUGUGCCAUUCACCGCCGCGGGGUACGCGCUCCCGGUCUGGCCGUUCGGGGACAUCGGGUGCAAGGUGGCGCAGUACGCCAUGUACGUUUGUGCCUACGCCAGCGUCUAUACCUUGGUGCUUAUGUCCCUGGACCGCUACCUGGCCGUGGUGCACGCCAUACGAUCGAUGACGCUGAGGUCAGAGAGGAACACCUGGAUCGCAAUAUUAAUUAUGUGGAUCAUUAUCCUCUGCGGUAACACGCCCAUCUUACUUCAGUACGGGGAACACCACUACGACCAUGAUGGACAGAACAGGUCAGCCUGCAUCAACGUGGCGGACCUCGCGGAAGGGAAUCACAACAAAGCUUUCUUCGGGACCUUCCUUUUCUUCGGAUACGUCAUCCCUCUGGGCAUCACCGUUGUCAUGUACGGGCUGAUGCUGAAGCGGCUUCUCUACGGGGUGGUGCCCGGCGGCGGCAACCAGUCCGCGGAGAGCAUACGCGCCAAGAAGCGCGUCACGCGCAUGGUGGUCAUUGUGGUGGUCAUCUUCGCCAUCUGCUGGCUUCCGGUGCAGGUCAUCCUGUUCUACAGAUACAUCCUGGAGUACGUCAUGAGCGAGAUCUUCGUCGGGAUUAUGAUGGCCGCCAACUGUCUGGCGUACAUGAACAGCUGUGUCAACCCCAUCCUGUACGCUUUCUUAUCGGAGAACUUCCGGCGCAGCUUCCGGAAGUUCCUGUGCUGCACGGAGAGCUCUCGGCGAAUGGAGUACGAGCGCACCAACAUUCGAUUCACCGUGACCGAAAAAGAGACCACGAGUACCAAGCAGACGUGUGUGAACAAUUCUAAGACCUACACACCUGUGUAGUCCACCCACCGCCCUCUCAACACACAAAAAACACACUCACCCACAAACAGUCACACCAUUCGUUACUUCCCAGUCUUCUUACAAAGUACUAUGACUUUCGUGGCUCUAGCUUGACCUCAUCAAUCUCUGGACACAGUCACAAUAAACUAUCUGUAUUUAAAUUCUUGAGUUGCUGUGUACUAUGUAACCUACACUAUGUACUGUGUCAUGUUCAAUUAUCUAAUGUCAUGUUACUCUCACUGUAGGCAUGCUCUUCUUGACCCGUUUCAGUAUUGUAGGUCGUACGUUUCUCCUUAGUUUUGGCUCCAUCUGUCGUCUGCUGUCUAUUUCAAUGAUGAUACAAAAUCUUCUCGUGUAUAAUGAACUAGACUAUAAUCUAGACUUUUGAUCUGUGUGUGUAGAAUGAUGAGCGUCACGUGAUACUAUUAUUGUUAUUGUUUAUAAGUUAUUUUGUAUAUAAUAUCUUACAUGUUACAUGUUUCAAUAUUUUAAAGUAUUUGCUGACAUUUUGGUACAUAGAUUAAUAGUUUGUUAAUAAUAGUAGGACAUUUACUAUAAUGUAGAAUUAAAUAAUGGCAUUUGUUAUUGUCAAGUAUAUGGAUUUGUCUUUUAGAGAGAGAGAGAGAUAGAGAGAGAGAGAGAGAGAGAGAGAGUUUGAAAAGCUUUUCAAGUUUAUUGCUAUAGGUUUGUGGAAUUAUUUUACAAAAAAAAAUAUUUCCAGAACAAUUGUAAAAAAAAACUCAUUGUCUGGUCAACAUACUAAACAUUCAUAAACUGUUGUACCCAGAGAAUAGAUUGCAGUAUGUGUAUUCAAAGUGACAUAACAAUUAAAAUACUUAAGAAAGUUAUUUUUACUAGUUGUCUUCUCUUGUUACAUGAAGAGAAUAUUAUUUUAUUUAUUUUUUCCAUUUUAUUUUAUUUUUAUCUAUUUUUUUCUCUUUUCUUUUGAAUAAAUUGUCGCUGAAGAUGUCUAUUUGUUUAGGUUAUAUUGAACAGUUCUUAUAAGUAUUGAAAUCAGAUAAAUACACUUUAAAUUUCAUACCUUACAAUGGCUACAUAUAUAUAUAUAUAUGUCAUACGAUUUAUUUUUAAGCUCAAUAUAUUACCAUUAUUAUUUGUCUGGUCAAUGGGAUUACAAUCUUCUUGAAAUGUUAAAUUUAUAUAUUUAAAUAUAUUCUUUGAAACAAGAUGGCGUCUUCCCCCAAUUUUGCCAUUUUUACUGCAAUUUUUAAUAAACGUUUUCCUUAAUAAUAUUAUAGACCAAAACAUUAUGGUCCAAGAUGAAAUGUUUUAUAUCUAUUUAUAUAUGCUUUCAUAUUUCAUUUAAAAGUAAAUCUGAUCUGUUAUGGAGUAACUAACAAUGUCAAAAUAGAGUAUAGAUUUAAACAAUUCUUUGGCAUUAUAUCAUUCUAUAGUCUGUGUGUGUGUGUGUCUGUGCUUUUUGUAUCAUUCAGAAAAUACCUUUUUAUUCCAAACCAGUAAUUUUCAAUCCAUGAAACUCGAACCCAAAUGGUUUCCUAUAAGAUGUCUGUGUCCCCAUAUAGUGGCAGGAUUACAUGUCAGUAAAUAGUUUGCUUUGACGUUUAGAGACAUCAUUCGGGAGUGUAGUCUGACUAUGAAAUAGAAAUCUAGUUUACGCACUGGCAUACUAUGACAUGAAAUUUGAUGCUUACAGCGACGUCUGUAUGUGGAUAUUAUUACGUUUACUUUCAAACAAAAUGUUUAUCUGGUCGCAUACAUAGCACAUUUUUGGUUUGACAAAUCUUAAUUUUUAUUUUACUUUUAUUUGAAGGGAGGGAGUUUACUAAUUGCACGUUAGUCACUACUUUCAUCUGUAUUCUUGUAUUAGUAAGGAUACUGAGUGAUCUACAUUGUACAAACAAAUCUUCCACUUGCCAUAUACAAGAGUUUAUGAGAUUCAGAAUCGUUUCCAUGUAAGGAAAAUGUUGACUUUUUUUUUUCAUGGUUUUCGGUUUUAUUUCUAAAUUCUCACAUCAACUGGCAGGAUCAUGAGUAUAAGAUACUUUUAUUGCUACUUGAACAGAAUGGACAUUUACAGACUGUACUAAUAGGUACCUAUAUUCUGUUGUAGAGAGCUGAUUAUUAUGAUCUCUUUGCCAAUUGGUUUCACAUGUUCAGCUUAACAAGCAAUAAGAAUAAAAAAAGUUCUAAGGCAAAACUAUUUAUUUUGUUUGCGAAUUCGGAAAGGAGGGGGAAGCGAUUAGAGUUUUCUACAGAAUAUCUACACCUAAGCGUAGUUUCCCUUUAUUUUGGUCAAGAUAUCAUGGAAAUUUGGUAAAACCUAUGGCGAUAUUUUAAAUGGGAUUUCUAAUUUGAAUUACCGCUUUAAUCAUAGGUGGAUAAUUUAAUCACGUAAUCUCUUCCUCUCUGUCUCUCUCUCUCUUCCUCCCCCUCUCUCUCUCUCUCUCUUGUCAUUGCUCUUCAUUCCAAUCUCUCUUUUGUCUUCUGUCUAUCUCUUCUUUUUAAAAAUGAAUUUGUUGGAGUAAAACAAUAAAUUCAAUCGUUUUCUAGAGUUGAUGAACUUGAAAACAUCCCCCAUACAUCUGGACACUGUUUCUUAGAACUUGGAAAACCCCCCAUACAUCUGGACACUGUUUCUUAGAACUUGAAAACCCCCCAUACAUCUGGACACUGUUUCUUUGAACUUGAACCCCCCCCCCCCAAUACAUCUGGACACUGUUUCUUAGAACUUGAAAACCCCCCAUACAUCUGGACAAAGUUUCUUAGAACUUGAAAACCCCCCAUACUUCUGGACACUGUUUCUUUGAACUUGAAAACCCCCCAUACAUCUGGACACUGUUUCUUUGAACUUGAACCCCCCCAUACAUCUGGACACUGUUUCUUUGAACUUGAACCC